UCCAGUCCCUCGCGUCGCGUAGACUUAUUAACAGCGUCUGGGAUAUCGAGCUCCGGACUUUUCGUCAAGUGUUUGGUUAUCCGUGCGUCCGUGGUACGAGUGGCUACUUGUAGGUACAUAUAUUUUUGUAGGUUAAGGAUAAGGGCUCGAUGACCAUGGCCAAUCGUUCCAGCCAGCGCGAUCGCGAGUUCAACCGUGAUAACGAUAAAUCGGACAAUCGGGAUAAUCGCGAUAAUCGUGACAAUCGCGAUAAUCGGGACAAUCGCGAUAACAGGGAAAAUCGUGGUAAUUUCCGUGACUUUCGCAAUCGUGACAGGGAUCGUGAUCGUCAACGUCAAGUGCCCACGGAACCACCUUUUAUCGCCUACGUGGGCAACUUGCCCAAGGGUCUCGUUCAGGGCGAUGUGAUGAAAAUAUUCUCGGACUUUGAGGUGAAGAACGUGCGGUUGAUCAAGGAUCGUGAAACGGACGAGUUCAAGGGCUAUGGCUAUGUGGAAUUUGAGAGCUUGGCCCAACUGAAGAGGGCUCUCUCCUGCAAUGGUCGCAUCAAAUUGGACAAUUUUUCGGCCCCAUUGCGUAUCGAUAUAGCCGAUCAUCGGCGACAGGCCCCGGGUUCAAGCAUUGGAGGAGUCGGAGGACCUGGUGGCUCCCAAAGUCUGGGCGGUCAAGAGAGAGGUGGCGGAAGAGGGGGAGCCAGCGUGGGGGGUGGCCAUCCCUACUACCAGAGGCGCAACUAUCGGCGAGACGACAGCGUGGGAUCCCAUCAAUAUAGACGAAGGGAAACGCGCAGCAGCAGCAACCACCAAAUGUCCAACAGCAGCCCCACCCAAAGCACCAUGUCCAUUAACUGCAACCGCACCACGAGAGGUGGCUACAACCAUCGUGGUGGUGCAGGAGGGGAUCGGGGGGUGGCAAUGGCAGGCAGUGGGAACCGUUACCAGGGAGGAUUUCCGCGAUCCAGUUUCGAUGACCGGGAAAGUCAGCAGUCGUCCAGUAAUGGAGGAUUCCAGCGCAACCGUAACUUCAACUUUAAUCGCACCUUCAACAACAGCACUGGUGGCGGAGGUGGUGCCGGAAGAGGAGGCAACAUGCAGCGGAACUUCAACAACGGGAACGAUGUGGGUGGCUUUGGGAACGGAAAUCUAAAUGGAAACGGCAACUAUACCAACUUUGUGCAGAACCGCAAUCGCGAUCGCCGAGGUCACUACAAUCCAAACAACGCUGGCAAUUCCGGUAGCUACAAUGCCAACGGAAACGGCAACUUUGCCCGGGACAGCAAGAGUCCUGGACCUGUGGUGCUGGAAUCAGGAUCAUCGGGAACGCGACCAUGUUCGAGUAAUCAAUUCGCGGCACUCGACGAUGAUGAUCGGCCAAAAUUGGUCCUAAAACCGCGGACAGUGACGGCCCCCAUUAACUCUCUAGCUGAAACCAAACAGGCGGCUCUGAUUUUUGGAAAGGCCAAGCCUCGAGAUGACAAUGCCACGCCCCCCUCCUCGCCGCACCAGGAUAUAGGUGUAGAUGCUUCAUGUCCUUUCGCAGGAUCUGCAGGUGCCACAGAUGAUCCAGAUCCCGGUGUAAGCAGCGACUAAAUUGCGAUGUCCACCUUUAGCUGUGAAACUUUCAAAACUUUCCACUUCCAAAUCGAAAUGGAGAGUUCUUUCAUUAAUCUUUUCACAGGCAGUUUAUAUUUUUAUUAGAUUUGUAUCCAGCGAAGUUAGGUCGUACAGUUUGCCUUCUAAAUCAGGACUAUAGUCGCAACCCCUUCCAUUUCAAAUGCAUUCAAAAUUAUUAUUUCCGCUUUAUUUAUGCUCUUGUGUUAAGGCGUACAUACAAAAUGUCAUUAAAUAAAAAUGUGUGGGUCCAAUGGAGUUCGGAAUAAGUAGAAA